CGCGGAGCUCCCGCUGCCCCCGGAGCGCUGCCCGUGCCGGGCUGCGGGGCCGCCGGGAGCAGCGACACCCCCGCGCACGAGCGCAGUGGAACGGUCCCGUUGCCAUGGCGGCAGCGUCCUGAGGGCGGGAGGAGGGAGGAGGCAUGGCCGCCCUGGCUCGGCUUCUGGAGAGGCUGGAGGUGCUCCAGGAGGAGUAUUUCCUUUCGAACAGAGCUAUAGAGGAAGACAAAAUAACAAAGUACAAAGCUGCUGUCAAGAUCCAGCGCUGGUUUCGAGCAUGCAGAGUCAGAGCCUAUCUGAGACAUCUGACCAAAAUGACGAUUAUGAUACAGAAGUGGUGGAGAGGUUAUCUAAGAAGAAAACACUUCAGAGAAAUUGUGGAGAUCCAGAAAACGUGGCGAGGCUAUUGCGUUCGGAAGUAUAUCCAUAAUUUUUAUGCACUGAAGAAAUACCUGAAAGCUGUUUCUUUGAAUAACGAGCUUGUCAGGAGUGAACUUCAAGAGUAUGCAGAAAUGAAGGAAAAUGAGGAGAAAAGGAAAGACCUCGAAAAGAAAGAAAAGAAAAAGAAAUACGAAGCCCGAAAGAUGCAUUACCUCCUUAGCACUGAGCAGAUUCCAGGCAUCUACAAUUCUCCAUUCAGAAAAUGCCCAGAUCCAAUGGAACUGCUGCUACGGAAGUCAAAGCCACUGACCCACAGGAAGCAGCAAGGGAAGAGUCCCUUUGCCGAUGAGCUCUAUGCAUGGCCAACUUGUAAAAAGCCUCCAGCUUUUGUCACAGCACUGCCUCUGCUGCCUGCUGACAGACAGAAACCUCAGGGGCCUUUCCGCGACCCCGCCGAGGUGCUGCGGCAGCGCUACAAGCCUCUGGAGCCAACCCUGCGAGUGAGAGAAUCCAUGGACUCACCUCCAGCCAAGGCCAGGGAGGCAGCACUAAGGGAUGAAUGGAGAAGUCCCAUACAUGACAAUGAAUUUCUGCCAUUUUCUUCAUAUCAUAAAAAUUAUGAGAAGUAUGAACCAUCACUUUGUAAGUCAGGCAAAUAUGGCCAACAAGCUUAUGGAACUAAAUAUUUCAGAGAAGUAUAUCCUAAGAAGUGGAUAGCAGAAAAGGACUUUGAAACACUGUUUUCAUCGAUUGUUCUCUUUGAAAAGUUUGGAAAAACUUAUUCCAGCACUGGUCAAAUGGUGUAAUUGUCCUGGAAACUACAAACCAUAAGACACAUAAAAAGUAGUCAAUAAGUGUAUUUCAGCAAAUACACAGCAGCAUGUUGACUGAAUGUCCCAUAAAAUACUCUUUUUUUUGAUGUAUACUGUGUCUGAAGUAAUUUUAAUUGAUUUCACUUGAACUUUAGGCAGUAUGACUUCCAAGAUUUAUCAAAAUUAAUUAUUUUUAAAAAAAGUAUUAUCUUAUGGAAGUUAUUUCUGGAAAUGCUGUAUUUUAUUUAGUACAAAUAAUUUAGGUUACAAAACCAGAGUCAUCGAGUAAAAUCCUCAGAAUCACAUUUAUUUAUUACACUUUUGUAAGUGACAUUAACACUAAAAAAGAAAAAAAGUGUAAAAUUUAUAUCUCUUUUUUUCCCUCAAAACUAUAAAUGUAUCUGGUUCCUCACUAUUGUUCAUCAUCUUCAGUGUUAGAUAUCCUUGAUUGACCCAUGACUUCAGAAGUACAGGACAGGCAUUUAAAAUCCUGUUUGCAUUUCUGUGGGUGAAAGAACUUCAGUUGUGAAUAAAAUAGAGUUCUGAAAACAUAUAUACCUUAUUAUUAGGUCAGUUUUUCUAUUUCCAUUUCAUUUUCUUUAUCAGUACCUGUGCAUUUAUUCCUAUCCCGUGUGCUGUGAGUACAAAAUUGUGUCAUGCUUGGUCAGAAGAACAUAUUUGAUGACAUAAAACUGAUGCUUGUUUCCUCUGAACUGAUGCUGUUCAUUAGCAAGCAGUCCUGCAAAAUAUUGACUAUCCUCAGAACCCAUCCACUUCAAAAGGCUCAAAGAAUUCAGCAUUAUGGGAAGAUCUCAGCAUAUCUAAAGAUCAGAUUAUAAGCUAGUUCUUAACAUCAUGUGAGAGAAUCUUUACAUGAGUUUUAUGCUGCAUUUCCCAUGAUACCGUAUUUGCUUUUCCUAUUGUUUGACUAUAUUUGAAUCAAAUAUAUCUGCUUAUCUGUUAAUCAGUGGUAGGCUUUUAUAUUACUAGCUUUUUUUAAUGUGAUUCUUCUGGCCCCUAUAAAUGUGAAGAAAACCUCAAUGUCAGUUUGUAUGAAUACUUUCUGUACCUGGUCUAGUGGAAGGUGUGCCUGCUCAUUGCAUGGACAUUGGAUCUGGACAGUUUUUAAGGUCCCUUGCAACCCUAGCCAUUUUCUGAUUCUAUAAACUAGCAGUCAGAAAUUUCCCUUCUGUAGGUUUUCACCUGAUAGGCCAUGUGAAAAAUUUUACUGCUACCACACACCAGAGUGAAAACCUUUCCAACUCCAUUCCAGCAGGUUGCAAGAGCAGGCCCUGGGCUGUACUGGUAUUACUUUUUGGAGUUUGUUAUUUUCAAGCUUUAAAAAGUUUAUUUCUGUUAGGAGAAAUUAAGUCUGGGAAGCAGGACGCAGCUAGUGGCUGAGUUUCCCAGGUAAGAUUUAAUAUUAUCCAAUGUAUGAGAGUGCUUUAGUUGUUCCUGGAAGGGAUUGAACAUGAGACAUUUUUGCAAAACUGUUGAUGAAUAAAGAUGGGACAGUAAUUUUUAUAUGUGGGAGCUAUCUAUUUGAUUGCUUCAUCUUUCAGGUAGUUCAUCACAGUAAUUCACCCUGUGUUACCUCUUUAACUUCAUACCACAGUUUCCCAUCAGUCCGAUUAGAAACGGCAAUGCCUUUAUCAGAUUAAUCUUUCUUUCUCUUUCUUCCUUUCAGCAUCUCUGACCCCAGGACAAAGCAAAGCCUCCCCCACAGCCUGUACUGCAGGGUGGGAGUGCUCUGGCUGAGGGGCCAGAGAACAGAGGGAGGUUAAACCCAACACUUCCAGCUGGAAUUGUUUCAUACACACACACCUUCCCUCCUCUUACCAAAAAACCCCCAAAACUUUUCUGUUUCUCAGUGGAUAACCAGAAACAUUCUUACACAAAAUCAGGUCUGUUUAUUAUAUUAGAUAAAUAAAUAUCCACAAAAUUAAUAAAGCAGCAAACAUAUUACCUGUGAGGUUUGGAUUUUGGGCAUCUUUUGCAAAUUAUAUUUCACAGGGAAUCCAAUUUUCUUUAUCUGGAGUUCAAACAGAAUUUAUGUCAUUCAUGGGCAUAUAGCAUCCAAAUUAUUUUGUGUGGCCACAGUAUAAUCCCAAAAUCCUUUUAUUUCUCAUUCAAUACAUUCAGCACUUACUCAUUUACAUUUACACAAACCAUUUGAUAAUUAUUCUAGCAGGACAAUUUUGUUUUUCUGUCUUGCUUAAAUGAAAAUGUUUGCAUGUGGCAAACUUACAAUUUUAACUAAAGCCAGUUAAAUCUAAAGCUUUGAUAUUUCUAUUCACUGCAGUAAUAUAAUGAACAAGACAGGAAGAAUUUCGAUUAUAUCAUUGUGUAACCAACUGUCAAUAUGAAUACUGAUUGUGUAAGUAGUUUUACUUUACUCUUGUAUAACUUUCUUCCUGAUAUAGUUUAUCCUUCUGCUUUAAUUAUCAGAUUUCAUUUUCUGGUAUAUUUGACUAUUGUAUUUUUAACAUUUUAUAUACUCUGGGUUUUCCUCAUUAAUAAAAUCGUUGCUUUAUACUGUGCUAUGUA